UCUGAGAGCCUUGACACAUGCCGCACUUACACACACCAAAACCACACUACGCACAGGCACAUCUCAUCACACCCUACUGAGUGUGUUUGUGCAUAUGAGAGUGUACGUGCUCGAGAGAGGACCCAGGGAAACUUAAUCUGUAACAGAGCGAUCCUACAGGAGAAGAUCACACUUGGUAUCCCAAAGCAGUGUGCUUGGAAAGAAUGGCGGCAUGGGAUCUCUCAGUUACUGUAGAGGAUUUGGGUCCGGAUGCUCCACCCGUCACUAUCAGUGUCACCUCAGAUCUCCACAUCGGUGGAGUGAUAUUGAAAAUAGUUGAGCAGAUACAGGUGAAGAGGGACUGGUCUGACUAUGCCAUGUGGUGGGAACAGAAGCAGCGCUGGCUCCUGCGCACGGGCUGGACGUUGGACAAGUGUGGCGUCCAAGCGGACGCCAAGCUCAUCUUCUCUGCCCAGCACAAGCCCGUCCUGCUGGGCCUGCCCAACGGGGUGACCUUACGGAUGCGUGCCAGUUUCUCGGCACCCGUGUUCCGAACGGUGAUGGAAAUCGGCAAGGUUCUGAACUUUCGUCACCCGGAGGAGCUGUCUCUGCUGCGUCCUGUGGAGGAGAAGAAGAAAAAGAAAGAUAAAAAAUCUGAAGAGGAGAUCUAUGACAUCACAGACAUUCCAUUGACCUCUGCCUCAGUCCAGUGCCUGUACAAUGGGAUGCCAGCCCAUUUCGCCGACUCUCCCAAGACGGAGGCUGUGUAUAAGAUGCUGUCUGUCAGCCAGCCCUCUCCAGCCCCCGAGACGCUAGCCAAACUGUACCGGCCUGCCAGCAUAGUGGACAAAACCCACAUCCACACCAGGUGGCUGGAUUCCUCCCGCUCUUUGAAGCAUCAGGGAAUUCAAGAGAAUGACAAGUUAUGGCUCCGCUUCAAAUACUUCUCCCUCUAUGAUCUGGACCCCAGGUAUGACGUUGUGAGGUUGAUUCAGCUGUAUGAGCAAGCACGUUGGGCCAUCCUGCUGGAGGACAUUGACUGUACGGAGGAGGAGAUGAUGCUGUUUGGGGCUCUUCAGUACCACAUUGGCAAAGAGUCCCAGUCAGAUGUGCAGGCUUUGACGUCUGGUCUGGAGGACCUGGACUCUGCCCUGCAGUGCCUGGAGGUGAAGAUGGGGGGGGAGAGCAGUGCCACAGAGAUGCUGGAAAAUAUGGCUGCACCUGAAUUGAAUGAAUACCUAAAAAUAUUGAGGCCUAGAAGACUUACACUGAAAGGUUACAAGCAGUAUUGGUGUUCGUUUAAAGACACAUCAAUCUCCUAUUUCAAGAGUCAAGAGGAGAGCUUGGGGGAGCCCAUUCAGCAGCUGAACAUAAAAGGCAGUGAAGUGGCCCCAGACAUAAAUGUUGCUGGGCAGAAGUUUUGCAUUAAGCUCCUAGUUCCCGCGCCUGAGGGCAUGAAUGAAGUGUACCUGCGCUGUGAGAACGAGAAGCAGUACGCUCAUUGGAUGGCUGCCUGUAAACUGGCCUCUAAAGGCCUGACUAUGGCUGACAGCUCCUUUGACAACGAGGUGCAGAGCAUCCAGACCUUCCUGUCCAUGCAGCGCACCAACCCGGGGGCCCAGAUGACCCAGAGCGAUGACAACAUCAACACCCUCAGCCUGGUCUCACCACGCUACCACAAGAAGUUCAAAGCCAAGCAGGUAACGCCACGAAUCCUUGAGGCAUACCAAAAUGUGGCCCAGCUCCCCCUGAUGACGGCCAUUUUAAGGUUCCUGCAGAUCUGGCAGGGUCUACCUGACUUUGGCAUUUCAUAUUUCAUGGUCAGAUUUAAGGGCAGUCGGAAGGACGAGGUAAUUGGCGUUGCCAACAAUCGCCUCAUCCGUGUAGAUCUAGGAGUAGGGGAUGCAGUGAAGACCUGGAGGUACAACACCAUGAGACAGUGGAAUGUCAACUGGGACAUCCGACAGGUGGCCAUUGAGUUUGAUGGACACAUAAACAUCGCUUUUAGCUGUGUGGACGCCGACUGCAAGAUUGUCCACGAGUACAUCGGCGGAUACAUCUUCAUGUCCACUCGAGGCCGUGACCAGAGUGACACCCUGAACGUGGAGCUCUUCCACAAACUCACUGGAGGCCAUGAAGCCCUCUGAGACCCUACAAACACCCGUGGGUCUACAUGAAGACAGUGGAUGUAUUUAUUUAUGUCUUUUCACAUCAACAGCUAGCCUGCACUUGCAUACCAUGGGCAACUCAUACAGCUCCGCUUGUUUGCUCAUUUUGUUUUGAAAACAAAUCAUUUAUAUUGCUCGUAUCACUGACAGUCUAAAAAUAAAAAAUAUUUUAUAUUGAUAGGUUUUAAAAAAAAUGUUCCCCUUGAUAUAUUGCCACCUACUUUUUUGCAAUAUAAACACAACACCCUGAUGGAACAUGAGACAUGACUCAACACGACUGCCAUGGAAAGGAACUGUGCUUAGACUUUGGCAAUGUUGCAGGGGCCGUUUCCACAACUAUUAGCACUCUGUGUUCUGUUAUGCACAAAUGGACGCAGCCACACCCACCAGAUUUUCAUUUCUUUAAGGAACUCAGAAAAGGAAGUAGGACAGGUACCAAAAAAGGACACCAAACACAACAUCCUAACUCACAUUUGACCCAAUUCAAAUUACAUAGAGCACCAAAAAACAUUGACAUGUGUUGGCUGCCAAUUUACUCUUGGUCUUUUUCAAAUAAACAGCAUGUUCAUGAAAA